GAGGAGGAGAAGAGGAGGGAACCAACACAUUUAACUGUAAGAAGAUCACAAGUGUCACAGAGUAAACAGUGAAUUUAUGUUAGCUUUGGACCUUAAGUGUCAGACUUGAGAAAAUGAAGAUGGGAGAAAGCACUCAGCUUCAGCGGGUAAUAGGAUAUUUCCAUGGGACGAUUUUUUUAUUCAGUAUCAUCAUAGGUGCGGGAAUAUUUAUUGCUCCUAAAGGGGUGUUAAAAUACUCUUCACUCAACGUGGGCGUGUCCCUAAGUAUUUGGGCUGCUUGCGCUGUGGUGUCUAUGCUGGCUGCCCUGAGUCACGCAGAGCUGGGGACCACCUUCCCUAGAAGUGGAGCACAGUAUUAUUUUCUCAAAAGGUCUCUUGGACCCUUUAUUGCUUUCUUCUACCUCUGGAUCAAUCUAUUCAGUACUCCCGCAGGAAUAGCUGCGCGCGGCUUGCUGCUAGCGGGGUACAUUACGCAGCCUUUCUAUCCUGGGUGUCUUGUUCCCGAGAUGCCAAAGAAAUGUUUGGCUUUGGCUAUCUUGUGGUGCUUGGGAAUUCUGAAUGCUCGGGGAGUGAAGGAGGUGACGUGGUUUCAGACUGUCAGUACCGCUGUGAAAAUGACAGUUCUCGGCUUCAUCUCUGUAACUGGAAUCGUGUUGCUGGUGAGAGGAAGAAGGGAGAGCCUAGCCAGGUUUGAGAAAGCAUUUGAUGCUGAAGUUCCGGAUGCUUCACAGAUUGCCGAAGCCUUCUUACAAGGAUUGUAUGCGUAUUCUGGUUGGGGAGUCCUUGUCCGAAUAGCAGGAGAGCUGAAAAACCCUAGUGAGAAUAUCCCCAAAUGUGUGGUCACUGCACUUACCCUCGUGGCACUGAUCUACUUACUAGUUAACAUCUCCUACCUAGCCGUCCUGACCCCGAAGGAAAUCGUGUCCUCAGAUGCUGUUGCUGUUACUUGGAUGGAUAGAGUAAUCCCUUCCAUGCAAUGGGCCGUUUCACUUGGCGUUUCUUCCUCAAUAGUUAGCUCCCUCAACUGCAGUGUAUUUUCAACAUCAAGGUUAUGGUACAUGGCAAGCCAGGAGGGUCAGCUACCUUUGAUCCUCUCAACGUUGAAUAUUCACUCUUGUCCAGUUGCAGCUGUGAUUCAGAUGCUCAUCUUUGCCUCCAUCUUAAUUAUUCCCUCAGACUUAAUCCUUUUAAUAAAUUAUGUGGGAUUCACAGACUGGAUUCAGCUUGGGCUAAUGAUGAUGGGCUUGCUUAAACUGAGAUUCCAGGAGCCCAACCUACCCAGACCUUACAAGGUACGCUUGCCAUUUGUAUUUGGAACCAUGGCCAUGUCUUUGUUCUUGGUUUUGACACCCAUCAUCAAGUCUCCUCAGAUGUACCAUAUCUAUGUUAUUCUUUUUAUCUUCAGUGGACUUUUAUUUUAUUUGCCUUUUGUGCAUUUUAAUUUGGGUUCUACAUACUUCAACAAGAUAACUUGCUUUUUACAGUUACUACUAAAUGUUUCACCUACUGAUGACAUUGAUGAAUAUAUUUCAAUAGGAGAAAAUGUACAGAAAAAUUCACCUGUAACUGCAACCAAAAAAGAAUAAAUAAAUUACGCAUAUUUGGCAAA